UGCAUCCCACGCUGCGUAGAGAAGUACAGAGACAGAUAAAAGGCUUACCAUUUUACAAAGCACCAACACUUUCAAAGCCAAGAAAACAGCCGGAGAUAGCUUUAGCUAAAACGAGAUGUGGCGCUGCGUUUCUCGAGGGCUUCGCUUCCCUUCUUCAGCCUCUUCCAAGAGAUCUCUCCCCAAUGACUCUCUCAGAUCUCACAUUUCACGCUUUUUCUCCACUGAAUCGACCGGAGGACGCUCUGCAUACACUGUGGUUGAUCAUACAUAUGACGCAGUUGUUGUAGGAGCUGGUGGUGCUGGGCUAAGAGCGGCAAUAGGGCUUUCGGAGCAUGGAUUCAAUACAGCCUGCAUAACAAAGCUCUUCCCUACUCGUUCGCACACUGUUGCUGCGCAGGGUGGUAUAAAUGCUGCAUUGGGCAACAUGUCUGAAGAUGACUGGAGGUGGCACAUGUAUGACACAGUCAAGGGAAGCGAUUGGCUUGGUGAUCAGGAUGCAAUUCAAUACAUGUGUAGGGAGGCACCUAAAGCUGUAAUUGAGCUGGAGAAUUAUGGAUUACCAUUUUCUCGAACUGAAGAUGGAAAAAUAUAUCAGCGUGCAUUUGGUGGUCAAAGCCUUGAUUUUGGAAAAGGUGGACAGGCAUAUCGUUGUGCAUGUGCUGCUGACCGGACUGGACAUGCUUUAUUACAUACUCUGUAUGGACAGGCUAUGAAACAUAAUACCCAAUUCUUUGUGGAAUAUUUUGCUUUGGAUCUAUUAAUGAACAGUGAUGGUAGCUGCCAAGGAGUAAUUGCCUUAAAUAUGGAGGAUGGAACAUUGCAUCGAUUCCAAGCUGGUUCUACAAUUCUGGCUACAGGGGGUUAUGGUAGAGCAUACUUUUCUGCAACCUCAGCUCAUACAUGUACCGGAGAUGGCAAUGCCAUGGUUGCACGUGCUGGGCUCCCACUUGAGGAUUUAGAGUUUGUGCAGUUUCACCCGACGGGUAUAUAUGGUGCCGGUUGCCUCAUCACUGAAGGAUCUCGUGGUGAAGGUGGUAUUCUUAGGAACGGUGAAGGUGAGCGAUUUAUGGAACGUUAUGCCCCUACAGCAAAAGAUCUUGCAUCAAGAGAUGUUGUUUCUAGGUCCAUGACUAUGGAAAUUCGGGAGGGUCGUGGUGUAGGACCUUUGAAGGACCAUAUCUAUCUCCACUUGAAUCACUUGCCCCCUGAAGUACUUAAGGAGAGACUUCCUGGUAUCUCUGAAACUGCUGCCAUAUUUGCUGGCGUUGAUGUAACAAAGGAACCCAUUCCUGUUUUACCUACGGUGCACUAUAACAUGGGAGGAGUUCCCACUAAUCACCAUGGCGAGGUAGUUACUAUUAAAGGUAAUGACCCAGAUGCAGUAGUUCCUGGAUUGAUGGCUGCUGGAGAGGCAGCGUGUGCAUCAGUUCAUGGUGCCAAUCGACUUGGUGCAAAUUCUCUUCUUGACAUUGUUGUUUUUGGACGAGCAUGUGCAAAUAGAGUUGCGGAGAUUCAGAGACCAGGGGAGAAACAAAAACCUUUGGAGAAUGAUGCUGGUGAGAAGACUAUUGCAUGGCUGGACAAAAUAAGGAAUUCAAAUGGCUCAUUGCCAACUUCACAAAUUCGGUUGAAUAUGCAACGGAUAAUGCAAAAUAAUGCAGCUGUGUUUCGCACACAGGAAACAUUAGAAGAAGGCUGCCAAUUGAUUGACAAGGCAUGGAGGACCUUUCACGAUGUUAAAUUGAAGGAUCGGAGUUUGAUAUGGAACUCUGACUUGAUAGAGAGUAUUGAGUUGGAAAACCUUUUAAUAAAUGCUUGUAUCACAAUGCAUUCUGCUGAAGCCAGGAAAGAGAGCAGAGGAGCACACGCUCGUGAAGAUUUUCCAAAACGAGAUGAUGAGAGCUGGAUGAAACACACGUUGGGGUUUUGGGAGAAUGAGAAGGUCCGGCUAGAGUACAGGCCAGUUCACCUUAACACAUUAGAUGAUGAGAUCGAGUCAUUCCCACCUAAAGCUCGUGUAUAUUGAUACACUGGUUCUAAAAAUCUGCGAGGAUGAUGUUUAUUUACAAGCAUAUGCAUAACUCCCCCAAGUUUAGAGUGGAUGAAUAAAAUUGUUGUAGGUGGUAAAACAGCAUUUUGACAAAUAAUUGUGCAUUAUCAAUGUUCGAAAGGAAAGGAAAGGAUAUGAUCCAAUUCAAUCAGAAUCCGAUUUGCAUCUGCAUCAGAGAAUGAUGGGCUAUGAAUUGAUUGUAAGUUGAAUAAUCUAUUGUAUGCUUUGAAGAGCAACGCAGGAUUCAUAGAUAUGACAAGCAGGAGGUUUUUUUGGCUGUGACCCUACAACAUGUUAUCGCCAUUUGGACUUUUAAAGUGGUGUCUUGGGCUUCGAGUGAUAAAUAAUUAUUUUUAUA